ACCAAUCACAAGAUCCAAUUGACUACUUCUUACUGGGAUCUUUCUGAGAUUGCUAACGAAUUCGAUCCAAACUCGUAGGCUCCUAGAACAGAGAACACGACACAAGCGCAUUAAGUAUGAGCGAUCUUACUUCACUGCUCUUACCACUGCCAAGUUAGUUGAAACGUUGAUUCUGGAAGCCCCGGACGUGUUCUUCUGGGUCCCAAAGUCCUUCCUUUGUUGCCAACCAUUUGGCGGAGAACAUAAAAGUCCCGCCAGCGAGAGCUUUCGAGAAGCGCCCUGGAUCUCCUCUCCACUCCUCAAUGAUGAUCCUGUUACUGCUGCUGCUACUGUGCUGGAUUUCCGAUGCUUCUCCCGUUGCUACUGCUUCGAUCGAUGCCAAGUUGGUGCUGCGAGACUCCGCCGCUCGAGGCGGAGGGAUCGGAUUCAAAGCCAUCCAUGUCGCAGCACCUCAAUUCCGAGUGAAAGCCAAUCCUAGCCCCAGCUCCGCUGCUCAAAAGUCUCUUUUUCCAUACUCCGCUCACAUCUUUCAGCAGCACACGAAGAACCCCGCGGCCCUCCGGAGCUCCACCACCACUCUCGGACGGAAAUUCGGUGAGUACUACACGAGUAUCAAGCUCGGCUCGCCGGGCCAGGAAGCCAUCCUCAUCGUCGACACGGGCAGCGAGCUGACUUGGCUCAAGUGUCUGCCUUGCAAGGUCUGUGCUCCUUCAGUAGACACCAUCUACGACGCUGCUCGCUCAGUCUCGUACAAGCCAGUCACCUGUAACAACAGUCAGCUAUGUUCGAACAGCAGCCAAGGAACUUACGCUUACUGCGCUCGAGGAAGCCAGUGCCAGUUCGCUGCCUUCUACGGAGACGGGAGCUUCAGCUACGGGAGCUUGUCGACCGACACUCUCAUAAUGGAGACAGUCGUCGGAGGAAAACCUGUAACUGUGCAGGACUUUGCUUUCGGCUGCGCACAGGGCGACUUGGAGCUCGUUCCGACUGGAGCGUCUGGUAUCCUGGGCUUAAAUGCUGGAAAGAUGGCUCUUCCAAUGCAGCUCGGCCAGCGGUUUGGUUGGAAGUUUUCUCACUGCUUUCCCGACAGGAGCUCGCACUUGAAUUCCACCGGCGUUGUUUUCUUCGGGAACGCAGAGCUUCCUCACGAGCAAGUUCAGUACACGUCCGUUGCUCUCACAAACUCCGAGCUCCAGAGGAAGUUCUAUCACGUAGCACUGAAAGGAGUGAGUAUUAACAGCCACGAGCUUGUGCUCUUACCACGGGGUUCCGUUGUCAUUCUCGACUCUGGCUCCAGUUUCUCAAGUUUUGUGCGUCCUUUCCAUAGCCAGCUGAGAGAAGCAUUCUUGAAACAUCGGCCGCCGAGUCUCAAACAUCUCGAGGGAGAUUCUUUCGGUGAUCUCGGCACAUGUUUCAAAGUUUCCAACGACGACAUUGACGAGCUUCAUCGGACUCUUCCAUCUCUGUCCCUGGUUUUCGAAGACGGAGUUACGAUCGGAAUCCCGUCCAUCGGUGUUCUUCUCCCUGUUGCUCGGUACCAGAAUCAUGUUAAGAUGUGUUUCGCGUUCGAAGAUGGGGGACCGAAUCCCGUUAACGUCAUUGGGAACUAUCAGCAACAGAACUUGUGGGUCGAAUACGAUAUCCAAAGGUCGCGAGUUGGAUUUGCCCGUGCAAGCUGUGUUAUCGAUUAAAGAACUUAGUAAAC